GCGGCGGCGGCAUGCGUCCAGGGCCAUCGUCGCGGUGCCAGCGGCGAGCAAGGGCGGCCAAGCUCCGCGGUGGGGUGGACUGGCGGUUGGGGACGGACGCGGAAAGACGAAGGGGGCCCGCGCGCGCGUGGAUAGCGUCUCUUCCGUACUGCGUUCUACAUGCCGCCUGCCAAGCGCUGCGGUAAAAUGGCGUACCCUACACGAGCUGAUCGAUAUGAGAAUGGUCUUCUUCCUUACAGUACCGACUUACGAGCUCAGGUUGAUAGAAAGAAAAACUUUUUUGUUGACAUGAACAGCCAAGGCUCUGCUUCAAUAGGGAAAAACAACACAGAUAAUGGGCAGGGAUCAGAGCCAACACGUUCAAUUACAAAAUCAUCUUACAACCAGACUUUUGGUACUGGUGUUCCAAGAGAACAGAAUGAAAGUCAUAGUAAUGAUGAUAAAGGGGCGAGGAUACACUUCCCAGCAGAAUGAAUAACAUAGAGGGGGCAAUCUUGAAUGAUAGUCCAAAGCACGAUAUCCCAAUUUGCAUAAGAAAAGAAAUAUCUCAGGAAAAUAGCUGUAACUCUUCAGGCCAAGGGAAAAAAGAAAGCCUUUUCAAAGUUCUGAAAAGGGGAGAAAGAUUUAAUAAUGGAAGAUACUAAUGGUGCUGGCUCUAUGGAAAUGGCCUUAGUGGCGGUCCAGCCAACUGGACCACGUUAUACUAGAGCGGCUUACGCAGAUGAUGAACCAUAUGAAAGUGAAUGAACAAGUUAAGAGGCAGAGGAAGGAGUAUGAACCCACACUGAGUAUAUCGGCGGUGGCUGGGACCCAGCCCCGCCGAAAGCCAUGAAUCUCUUAUGUUGGAACUGUCGAGGUUUAGGGACGGACUCGACAGUUGGUGAGCUUCGUCAUUUGGUGAAGCGAUAUCGUCCCUCCCUCCUGUUUUUAUCGGAAACUAAAAUGAGGGAUACCAAAGUGAGGAAAUUUAUGUGGUCUCUGGGGUUCCAUGGCUGUUUUGCAGUUAGUAGUGAAGGGAAAAGUGGAGGUUUGGCUUUAUUUUGGGUUCAGGAAUGUAUAGUUUCUCUGAAGCAUUAUUCUCCAAAUAUUAUAGAUGUUACUAUAGGUUCAGAAGCAAAUCAAUUAUGGAGAGCUUCUUUUGUCUAUGGUGAGCCGAGGUCUAAAUUGCGCCAUAAUUUUUGGGAUCUUUUGCGCUUUGUUCGUUCCCAGUGGUCUGGACCUUGGCUCUGUGCCGGGGAUUUUAAUGAAGUCCUGAGCAGCGAUGAACAUCUGAGCAGAGGGGAAAGAGGGGAGCAGCAAAUGAGGUUAUUUAGGGAUUGCCUUGAAGACGGUGAAUUAUCUGAUUUAGGCUUUUCUGGGCCAAAGUACACCUGGAAUAAUAGGCAGGUUGGAAGUGACAAUGUGAAAGUACGCUUAGACAGAGCAGUGGCAAAUGGUCAUUUUAUCCAACUCUUUGAAGAUUAUCAUGUUGAAAAUGUCAUCACAUCAACUUCAGAUCAUUAUGCCAUUCUUGUAUCAAUUAAUCGAGAUUCUCAGUAUAAUGAUAGGAGUUCCUUUGAUAACAAUUUCAAAUAUGAAGCAAUGUGGGCAAGAGCACCAGAUUAUAAUGAUAUUGUUGAAAAGAAAUGGAAAGAGGAUUUUGAGGGGCCUAGAAAUCUCCAAUCAUUUUGGUCAAACCUAAGCAGAAUGGCGACCUCUUUAAAACACUGGAGCUCAAGAACUUUUGGGUCUAUCCGGAAGGAAAUAAAAAAACUUGAACGACAGUUGGCGAUGCUUCGUUCCUCAAGUGCCACACCAGCUUUUUCAGUUGAAGAGAGGAGAAUUGAACGAAAGCUAUGUGACUUAUUUGAAUGUGAAGAAAUUAUGGCUCGCCAACGUUCUAGAGUGGAUUGGCUCCAAGCGGGUGACCGAAACACUUCAUUUUUUCAUGCCAGAGCCUCUGCCAGAAGAAAAACUAAUAGAAUUUCAUAUCUAUUGAGAGAAGAUGGUACAAGGUGUGAAGACAGAGAGGAGCUUAAAGAUGAGGAGAUACGUGAAGCUCUGUUCCAGAUGGGACCGACCAAGGCGCCUGGUCCUGAUGGCUUCCCGGCGUUGUUUUACCAACGCCAUUGGGAUUUUUUACAGGCUGAUAUCUGCACAGCUGUUAGGGAUUUUCUACAAGAUAUGAUGAAGGCUUAUGACCGGGUCGAAUGGAAAUAUCUUCAGGGAGUUUUAAGUAAGAUGGGUUUUGCUGAUGGAUGGAUCCAAACUGUAAUGAAAUGUGUGACAAAGGUGCGAUAUGCCAUACGAGUUAAUGGUGAACUCUCUGAGCAUUUUAUUCCAACAAGGGGAUUGAGGCAAGGAGAUCCCAUCAGUCCAUACCUUUUUCUCUUAUGUGCGGAAGGCCUAUCUUGCUUAAUGAAGAAAAAAGAAGCUGAAGGUAAAAUAAACGGUGUAAAAAAUGGGAGAACUGGACCAGCAAUAUCUCACCUCCUUUUUGUAGACGAUAGUAUUUUUUUCAUUAGAGGUGAUAUGAAGAACCUUCAAGCUCUUAAUGAGGUGUUGCACUUGUACAGUGAAGGAACAGGCCAGCGGAUUAAUUUUCAGAAAUCAUCACUUUUCUUUGGUGACAAAUGUCCGGAACAAGUUAAGGACAGAAUUAAAUCAUAUAUCAAUGUCCGUAAUGUAGUUGUGCAAGCAAAUUAUUUGGACAUGCCGUCUUGGGUGGGGAGAUCUCCUACAAGCACUUUCAAUUUCUUACCUGAACGUAUGUGGAGGAAAAUAAGAGGCUGGAAUGAUCGCCCCCUUUCAAGGGCUGGUAAGGAGGUUAUGUUUAAAUCAGUCAUUCAAGCAAUUCCAAUAUAUGUUAUGAGCUGUUUCCGCCUGCCAGCUGCAAUUUGUGAUAAGAUGAGGACAACAAUCUCGAAUCAUUGGUGGGGCAUUGAAGAGGGUAAGAAAAAGAUGCACUGGCGUUCAUGGGAAUGGCUGACCGCCCCUAAAGCCAUGGGUGGCAUGGGGUUUCGAGAUAUGCAAAUUUUUAAUCAAGCUAUGUUGGGCAAACAAGCUUGGAGAAUUCUAACUGUUCCUAAUUCGCUUUGUGCGAGAGUGCUCAAAGGGCGCUACUUUCCUUGUUGUUCUUUUUGGGAUGCGUCUCAGCCCCGAAGUUCAUCUUUCACAUGGCGCAGCAUCAUGUAUGAUGGAGCAGCUGGCAGCUGGAAUGAAGAGAUGGUUCGAGCUUGUUUCAAUGAAGAUGAUGCUGAAAAGAUUUUGCAGAUACCUCUGUGCCAUACUCCUUGUGAGGAUUUCCCAGCUUGGCUACACACUAAGUCAGAGGCCGCAGAGGAUCAUGAAGCAACAGUUUUUGCAAUCACAGUAUGGCACAUUUGGGAGUCAAGAAAUGCAGUUAGAAAUGGUGAGAAUAUGAUGCAUCCCCAAUCCAUUGCACAACGAGCAGUAGCUUACAUAGAGAUGUUUCUGUUACACGUGACACAACCAAAAAAUCAAAGGUGUGAGUCUAAUUUCUCUGUAUCUAGAUGGACUCCACCGCCGAUUGGUCGGUUGAUGCUCAAUGUGGAUGCUGCUCUUUUUAAAAAUCCAUCUCGUAUUGGCGUGGGUGUAGUAAUCCGCGAUCACGAUGGGGAUUUCAAAAUGGCCUUUUGCAAGGUGAUGGAUAGGAUUAAAGAUCCUGAGAUGGCUGAAGCUAUGGCAGUCCGAUGUGCUGUUAUUUUUGCGAAGGAAAAAAAUCUUCAACAUAUUGUUGUUGCAUCAGACUGUCAUAAUAUCAUCAAGAAGUUACAAUCACAAAAUCUAGACAGAUCUGAAGUUGGUGCUAUCAUAUGUGAUAUAAAAAACUUAGUAAGAGAGGUUACAUUCUCUUUUAUGUAUAUUCGUCGAAGUUGCAAUGGGGCAGCUCAUGUAAUGGCUAGGCUAGCAGAUCAAUUCUCUGAAUCUGUUUGGUGUAAUGAAGCUCCGGAUGCAAUCCGGGCUAUCCUUUGUAAUGACCUUUAUAGUAAUUAGUAUGAAGCUGCCUUUUCAAAAA